AUGGCUUCUCUUCUUCCGUGGCUGCCAUGGCUCGUCGUCCCCCUCCUCCUCUCCGUCUACCUACUCGACCUCCUCGCGCACGCACGCCGUCGCGGCCUUCCUCCAGGACCCCGCCCGCUGCCGCUCAUCGGCAGCCUCCACCUCCUCGGCGACCAGCCUCACCGCUCCCUCGCUGGGCUCGCCAGGACCCACGGCCCGCUCAUGUCGCUCCGCCUGGGCGCGGUCACCACGGUGGUCGUCUCCUCCCCGGACGCCGCCCGCGAGUUCCUCCAGAAGCACGACGCCGUCUUCGCCACCCGGGCCGUGCAGGACGCGGUCGGCGCGCACGCCAGGAGCUCCGUCGCCUGGCUGCCCCACGCGCCGCGCUGGCGCUCGCUCCGCCGGAUCAUGGCCACGGAGCUGUUCGCGCCGCACCGGCCCGACGCGCUCCAGCGCCUCCGGGCCGAGAAGGUGCGGGAGCUCGCGGCGCACGUGGCCCGGCUGGCGCGCGACGGCGCGGCCGUGGACGUCGGCCGCGUGGCGUUCACGACCAGCCUGAACCUCCUGUCGCGCACCGUGUUCUCGACGGACGUGACGAGCCUCGACGACCACGGGGGGUCCAAGGGGUUCCAGGUGCUGGUGGCGGAGAUCAUGGAGGCGGCCGGCAGCCCGAACGUGUCCGACUUCUUCCCCGCGCUCGCGGCGGCCGACCUGCAGGGCCUUCGCCGGCAGUUGGCCCGGCUGUUCGCGCGGCUGCACCUCGUGUUCGACAGGGAGGUGGACCAGAGGCUGAGGCGCCGCGCGCGCGACGCCGCCGGCGAGCCUAGGAAGGAGAACGACGACAACGACGGCGGCGACUUCCUGGACGUGCUGCUGGAUGUCGCGGAGCGGGACGACGACCAGGCCGCGCUGCUGGAUCGCGACACGCUGCGGUCGCUGUUCUCGGACCUGUUUGCUGCUGGCAGUGACACAACCUCCAGCACAAUAGAGUGGGCAAUGACGGAGCUUCUUCAAAACCAAUCAUCAAUGGACAAAGCGCACGAUGAACUUACAAGAGUCAUCGGCUCAGGGAGAGACAUCGAAGAACCUGACAUCGACAGCUUGCCCUACCUCCAAGCUGUGAUCAAAGAAACCUUCCGGCUGCACCCUCCCGCUCCAUUGUUGCUACCGCGCCAAGCUCAGACGACCAUAACAGUCGCGGGUUACACAGUACCCAAAGGCGCACGUGUGCUGGUGAACGUGUGGGCGAUGGGGCGGGACGAAGCUAUAUGGUCUGAGCCUGAGAAGUUCAUGCCAGAGAGGUUUCUCGGGAGGGCGGUGGACUAUAGAGGCGGAGACUUUGAGCUGAUCCCAUUUGGUGCGGGGCGCCGGAUGUGCCCAGGGAUGCCGCUUGCGAUCAGGAUGGUGCAUCUAGUUCUCGGGUCGUUGUUGCAUCGAUUCAAGUGGAGGCUCCCGACGGAGGUGGAGAGAAGUGGGAUUGAUAUGUGUGAGAAGUUUGGGGUGACACUCACGAAGGCCGUGCCUCUCCGUGCUAUUGCUACACCAAAGUUAGUGGAUGACAACCGAUGA